AUGUACCAUGUAGGGAAUAUGCUGUUCCUGCGUCUUCUUACUGGGGAGGGCGGUGACGUCGUAGGCCGAAGAGACCUCACCGUUUUCUUUCUUUCUCUUUUCUACUGGCAAAGAAAAGAAGCCGGCACCGAGAUCAUCAGAAUCAGGCCGCGUCGGCUUCUUUCUCACGCCCAUGCCACCAGUUUUUCUCGCAAGGAGGAGGAGGGGGAAGGGGGCGGGGGAACACAGCCAUGGCGGGUCGUUGAUCGCGAGCAACGGACCCGCCCCUUGUGCCCUUUGCACGGCUCCAGUUUUCCUUGGACCCUCACUGGCGACCAGGAGAUGGCGCCGAUACGCAGAAAUGAAGAAUCGCUGAUCGGGGGUCGCCCGUGUCGCCAAAAUGAAAACCAGUCAACCCUGCGGCCUUCGCUGCUUCGGUAG